AUGAAGAAGAACAAUAGGAACUCUACCACAAGGAUCAAUAAGCAAGAUGCCAUCUCCGUCCCACCCUUCCAAGAUGCAGGAGAUCUUCAAAAUAUGUUGGAUGGAGGAGAGUAUGCCCCUUUUGUAUCUCCUCCCAUAUUAGAGAGCAAUUUUAUCCAGGUUAAUAGGAGAGGUGAAUCCAUUUACCUUCACAACCGAGCCAACUGGGUGACUGUAGGCAUCUGCUCUUCCAGUAGCACCCACAAGACCCCCAAUGUGAUGCUUCUGGCACAUCUGACACCUGAAGCCCAGAAAGAUACAGAACCCCUAUUUCAAAGGCUCCUGACAUCUCCUUCUCCAGAGAACCUGGUGCUCACCAGGUUUCUCCCUCUACAGUUUGUGACUCUUUCUGUGCACGAUGCUGAGAAUAUGCGCCUCAAAGUAAAGCUGGUCAGUGGUCGAGCCUACUACCUGCAGCUCUGUGCCCCUGCAUGUAAACAGGACACCCUAUUUUGUCAAUGGGUGGAACUCAUCUCCCUCUUGAAUCAGGAGAAAGCCAAAGCUUCCAAACUGUCAGAAGUCUCAAGCCUCUCGGAAAUCACCAAUAGCACAGAUAUCACAGGUUCAGUGGACAUCAUGGAUAUUGCAGCAUUUGCAGCCAUACAGACCCCGCACAUGUACACAUGUUCAGACCCUGUAAAUGCCAUAGAAAGCAUUGAUUUCUCAGAAUUCACAGAUGUCACCGAUGUCACAGACGUCACAGAUGUUCCAGAAAAUGAGGUCACAGAGGCCCCAGAUAUAAAAAUUGUCACAGAAGUCACAGAAGUCACGGAUGUCUGUGAUGUCCCAAACAACUCGGAGGUUACAGUGGUGUUUGAAAACGAUGACAUACUAAGGGCCAAGCAAGAGGAAAAGGAAAAAAUGGAAAACAUUCUGAAGCCUGGGUGUCUACGAGAUACAAAAAUUAAGAAUGAAUGCAAAGAAUCCUCAAAACAUGUCACCAUCUCAAAUGUAACACUGACUUUCGAAGGUGAACAAUGUUUUCAUUCUACUUUGACUCCAGAAGAAAGUGACAUAAAUUCAUUCAAAAGGAUGAGCAUUAUUAGAACAUCUGAAAUAAGGACAACUGAUUUUAGCAACACAGCUUUCAAGGCUGAGGAAUCCAGGAGCAUGAGAACUGAUUCAGGCACUUCAGGUAUGGAACAAAUUCCACUACAUUUCUUUGUGAUCUCUGGAAUAGUGAGAGAUGCAGCUGGAAAGCAAAGCAGGAUCCAGAUUAUGGAAGUCUUGGGUCAUCUAAGGAGUCUGGAUAGUAUAGACCUCCUUUUGGCAGGUUUUACUCACUUUAGCUCUGUUGAUCUCUUUACGGUAGAUCAGUGGUUCUUAACUGCAGGCGAUUUUGCCACCAGGGGACCUUUGGCAACGUCUAGAGACAUUUUGCUGGUCACCAAUGGGGGUAGUGGUACUACUGGCACCCAAUAG